AUCCACUCCCCACCCCCCCGCCGCUGCUGCUGCUGCUGCUGGCGCUGCUGGGCUCGCUAUUGCCGCUUGCUCCAGCUGAGCCCUGAGUAGCAGCAGGACCAGGGCAGGGACUGACUCCAGUCCUUGGACUUAGGACACCGCAGCACCUUCCCUUACGUGCGUGACUCAUUGGCAUAUCAUUUCUGUUUAUGCCUGGGGUGGGGAGAAAAAUCCCAAACCAGCCGUGUAAAUGAGUAUGGAAGAUUAUGAUUUCCUGUUCAAAAUUGUUUUAAUUGGCAACGCUGGAGUGGGAAAGACGUGCCUAGUCCGACGAUUCACUCAGGGUCUUUUCCCCCCAGGUCAAGGAGCCACAAUUGGAGUUGAUUUUAUGAUUAAGACAGUGGAGAUUAAUGGUGAAAAGGUAAAGUUACAGAUCUGGGACACUGCGGGUCAAGAGAGAUUUCGUUCAAUCACCCAAAGUUAUUACCGCAGCGCCAAUGCCUUGAUCCUUACCUAUGACAUCACCUGUGAGGAAUCCUUCCGUUGCCUUCCUGAGUGGUUGCGAGAGAUAGAACAGUAUGCUAGCAAUAAGGUCAUCACUGUGUUAGUGGGCAACAAGAUUGACCUGGCUGAAAGGAGAGAGGUCUCCCAGCAGAGGGCAGAGGAAUUCUCAGAGGCUCAGGACAUGUAUUACCUGGAGACAUCAGCCAAGGAAUCUGAUAAUGUGGAGAAACUCUUCCUUGACUUAGCAUGCCGACUCAUCAGUGAAGCAAGACAGAACACACUGGUGAACAAUGUAUCUUCACCCUUACCCGGAGAGGGGAAAAGCAUCAGCUAUUUGACUUGUUGUAAUUUCAACUAAAGGCUGAGGCAAAGAGAAUCAAAGGGAAUCAGUAGUUGCCUUGGUGGGCCGUAUGUUGCUAGGGAAUCUGGCAAUGACUAUGGCUCCCGCUCUUGGACCUUCUGACUCCUGUAGGCUCCAGAGCUUACAAAGCAUGCAGGCCAAGGGCCUCGACUGCAGGCCAGCAUUAGCAGAACACAUAAUGAAUGGUUUCAUCCUUUUGCAAUCUGGCAUUGGAGCAAGGAGAAAAUUGCACUACGUGCUCCAUGAUCUGCAGAGCAUGUUGCUUUUGUUUUUAAAAAAGCAAGUAAAAAGUGCAUUCCUGAACACAGUGCAGGGGAUUGUGUACUGUAGGAAUCCCUCCUGUGUGUCAGCGGGUGCAUGUGGGGCUGUUCUUUAGGCUUAAGUGGUAAUCUGGUGCCCAUGGUUUUCUUGUCUACAAGGUAAACCAAAACUGGAAAGGCCAAUACUGUCUCUGUGGUACUUAUUGAUAACCCCAUGGAGAUUUUGAAAAGUGUUAUUUCUUUUGUCCACAACAAGCACUUUCAAAAACCUUUGGGAUGUAAAAACGAAAACUCUUCUCAUGACCAACAGUAAAAAAUUAUUGUUUAAUAACAUAUACAAGCUCCAUUACUCCUUUUGGUGCUAAUGAUUAUGAUAUUUCACAGACCAAACGUUUUGCUACACUGAUACCCUUAGAUGUAUUACCUAGAAAUAAAAUGAAAAUGGGGGACAUCCAUGAAUCAGCAGUCUUUUUCAAAGCUUCAUUACCACCUUUUCUAGGAUGGGUUUGGACAUGAGAAUCCUUUUUUUUUUUUUCAUAUUCUCCUUGAAAUUUCUUAACUUUCUUCUCUUGUUUCAAACCUUUCCUGCCCUUAAGUAAAAUCAAAGUCUGAAGAAAAAUGGGGAAAAAUAUAAUGGAUGAUGACAUUAUAAUAUAGAAAGAUUCAUUGUAAGACAUUUUGAGUAGCAUGAGAAAACAGAGCAGAUAUGACCAAAAUACUGUGGAAUAUGGACUGACUGCAGAGCAGGGUUCCAGACAGAGCACAGUCCUUGAUAACAAGUCACACCUUUUCCUUUCUGGAACUAUCCUUGGAUAGACCAAGGCUUAGGAUUUUGUAGACGUUUUUAGUAUGACAAGUGAGAAUAGCAACGGAUGAAAAGUUUCACAUAAUUUUUGUAUCUUCAAUAAACUUAGGAAAGGCCUACGAGUUGUCAUUAACCAUCUUAUAUUAAUGUUGAUCUCAGAUUCAUGACCAUACUUUCUUUUCUCUUAUCUUUUCUUUCUCCUGGUCUCACCUUACAGCUUUCCUUUUCCUACUCCCUUUUCUUUGCUUUCCUUCCCAUCCUGGUAUGCAUGUGUUACUGCAAAUCUCCAAUCCAAGGGAGGUAUAUAUGCCUUUACUUAGCUAAUUUAAAAACAGGUUUCAAAUUGGAAGAUGUGCUGCUGAGUUCCUGUUUCUUCAGUGCCAUGAUUUGAUACCUUCCAAUUUGUUCCUCUCAUGAAUGCAGAUUGCGACAGUAAUUAAAUCUGUAUGCCGUGGGUGCUGUCAGGUGUUUCUGUGGCUUGCUGUCUAGCAUACAUCACCGAGUGAUAAUCACUGAAUGAGGAUAUGAUGUGUUAUUCUGCUGUUGGUAUUGAUGGUGACAGUCUUGGACCUGACUCUUGGAAGCUACUGAAUUGUAAAGCAGUGUGAGUCAACACAGCAGGAUAUUGAUAAUACAUUUCUAGAGUUUCUCUAGCAGAUUCUAUAAUGUCCCAUCUCCUUCACAUGGAACUGUGUGUAUUAUUACGCAUCAUUGGUAUUGCAAUUGACUCACUAUGCUUUUCUUGAUUCUAUAAGAAAGUGACAGGCUUCUUAAAAGUUUGAACUGCCUUUUGUUAUACAGGAAGGGGAGAAAAAUCACUUUAAUUGAAAAUCAAAAUCGUUUAUAAUUACCUUGACUUCCCUAUUAAGCCAGCAACCAAAGGCAUCAAAAGAUAACUAAUCAAGGUUACAGAAGAAUUUAUCUUUCUGCUUAGAGAAUGUCCCUAAAUUUAAAUUUAUUACUUUUCUUUACCACAAAGUCCUGAUCUCCCCAGCAUAUGAUGACUCAGCCUUGUCUCACAGCUGUGUUAAAAAUAACCUUGCUUUGUGAACUUUAAGGGCUUUGUUAGAAUGGACUAAUUUAGUUCCAGAAUAACAGCUUCUGGGGUCAUAUUUAUUUUAUGUUAUUCUUAUUCCUUGGGCUUUCAGCACCUCCAUGUGUCCCUCUGGGUUAAGCAGCAGCUUAGGAGCUCUACUCCAGGUCCCUCUUCCCCUGGGUCUCUGAGACAUUCAAUAGACCAUAGGCAUCAAUCCUUGGCCCAUUAGUGUGGACACCUGAGAAGCUGGUAGUCCCUUACAUUCCAUAGUUCUGUGAAUUUCAGAUUAGGCCUUUUGAAUAUUUGUCCAGUGACGUAUCUCAAAUUUGAGAACAAUCCUUGAAAAUAUAGGUGCAAUAAAUACCAGUUGAUUAAACGAUUCAUUACCCGUAAGUUUUGUUUGUUUAUUUGUUUUUUAAAAUGAAAGUCCUUAAAGAAUUCUCUUAAUCUAGGCCAGGAUAUAAAUAUUAUUUUACUAAUAAUUUUUAUUGGAUAGACAAUAUCUGCUCUGAUAAGCCCCUUUUACAUAAAACUAUUUACUGGUGAGAAAAAAAACAAAACAAGAUUUAUCCUGACAAGACCAUCUCUUUUUCUAUUUGUGAUGUGAUUAUUUUUCUUUUAAUAAAAUUAUUAAAUAUAUGGCAAUCUUCUGUAGCUUCCAAUUAAAAGACAUCUUCAGGUUCUAGAGUCACGCUUGGAAAUGAUCUAUGGAAUCAUAUAAUUUUCUGGUAUGACUUUGUAUAGAUGGUAUCCUCAAAGAACUUAGUAGUUUCUCCUUUUCCUGCACAAAACUGUGUUCCUUUGUAUUCUUUUUAUUAGAUCUGUUGGAUUACAUUAAUAUUUAAUUAUAUAGAGCCAGUUAUUUUGUGUGUGUGUGUGUGUGUGUGUGUGUGUGUAGACUUCUAAAUUAUACCAUUGGCUUUUUCUGGCUUUUAUUUCUGCCCCAUAUUUUAGUCAUUUUUGAUGCCAGCAUCUUUCUUUAAGUGGCAAGACAAUAACUAAAAAUGAAACAAAUGUAUUAACAUGACACUACGUUAAGUUCUGAUUGUGAAUUAUUAAGAAACCACUGACCAAAACACGGAUGCUUGGACUAGUAUGAUUCCAAGUGAUAGCUUGAUGGAGGGAGGAAGCAGAGUCUUUAUCUUCUGUUCAUGAACAUAUACCUUGGAAGGACCUGAGUGCCUUCCAGUGUUAGAUCAAGGAUUUGCCAGUCUUUUCUUUGAGAUAUCUCACAGCAUCAACUUUCAGUUGAAAGAAAAAAAAUUUGCAAAUGAUUUUGAACUUGUUCUGUACAACCCCCGCCCCCCCCCCCAUGUAUCAUACCAGUGGCCUUAAAGAUAGGGGAACGUUCGAUUCCUACAGAAUGCUGUGCAUCUCAUGGACAUACACACUAAGGUUCACCUUCCCAUUAGCUUCUGGAAGAAGUUGUAGAUUUGGACGUUUCUUUGUUUUCAUUUUUUUUUUUAAGAAUUUUUUUUAACUGCAAUGGCUUACUUUCUUCCUUCAGCCAUGGUCUUGACAGGUAUGUUUCAUGUCUCAUCCUUCUGAAAAAAUGUAUUCCACAUGAGCAGUUAUUGUCAAACACUAAAUGAAGGUAUAUUUUCUGGGUUUACUGUUCCUGUGGCUUGAGUUUAUAUAUGUUUUAAAGGAACACUGCCUUCCCUUAUACUCUACAUGCAGGCAAUAUUGGUUUAGGAUAUUAUCCCUUCAGAUAAGUCAUUAAUGUUGCAUAAUGUAGCUGGCAUUUCAUCUUUAAAUCCCAGGAUACUCAUGUUAUCAUUAUUCCUGAGAGGCACUGCUUUUUACAUUUUGUCUUUUUUAUUUUUGAGACCAGAUCUCAGUCUACAGCUCCAGAAAUCAGUCUGUCAUAGAAAUCACAAUGUAGUUCAGGCUGGCUUUGAACUCAUUCUCGUGCCUUGGUUUUACUGGGGGUAUGGAUGUGAUCCAUCAUGGCUUGCUUGAUGAUAUUUGAAAUUAAAAACAAAUGGAAGAAUAACUAGCUGGUAAAUGAAUUUAAAAGUUAAGACAUUUGAGAAUUAUCUGAAAGAAUUUUGUGGGCUGUGGCAGAGAGAGAGGAAUUAAUAGAAGCUAUUCCUCAUAGUUCAGAGAGGUAGAAUGAAGCCUACCACAUGGAAGCCACAGAGCCACAGACUGGGCUCUGUGUCAUGGAGAAUUUCUCAAAAAAAAAAAAAAAAAAAAAAAAAAAAAAAA